GGCGGAUCCUGCCACCUCCGCUGCCGGUGGAGGGGAAGCGCUCGGUUCAGGCGCCAUGGAUCGCUUCGCCUGGACCAACGGCCUUCUGGAGAUCCACGAGAACCUCGUCACGCAGCAGCGCGGGGUCCGCCUCUACGAUGGGGAGGAGAAGCUCAAAUUUGAUACUGGGAUAUUGCUCCUGAGUACACACAGAUUGAUCUGGAGAGAUCAGAAAAAUCAUGAAUGCUGUAUGGCUAUUCCUCUUUCCCAAAUUAUCUUCAUUGAAGAACAAGCAGCUGGGAUAGGGAAAAGUGCCAAAAUAGUGGUUCAUCUUCAUCCAGUACCUUCCAACAAGGAACCUGGUCCUUUCCAGAGUAGUAAAUACUCCUAUAUCAAACUUUCCUUCAAAGAACAUGGUCAGAUUGAGUUCUACAGGAGGAUGUCAGAAGAAAUGACCCAGCGGAGAUGGGAGAAUAUGCCUGUUUCUCAGACCAUAGACAUUAAUAAAGGUUCACAGACAGGAAGAAUAAGAGCUGCAGGAAUUGUAGGUAUUGAGAGGAAAUUAGAAGAAAGAAGAAAAGAGAUGGAUAAAAACAUUUCUGAAGCUUUUGAAGACCUCAGCAAACUAAUGGAAAAGGCUAAAGAAAUGGUGGAAUUGUCCAAAUCGAUUGCAAACAAGAUCAAAGAAAAACAAGGUGACAUCACUGAAGAUGAGACCAUCAGGUUUAAAUCCUACCUGUUGAGCAUGGGAAUAGCUAAUCCAGUUACCAGGGAAACUCAUGGAUCUGGCACACAUUACCAUAUGCAACUGGCAAAGCAAUUAGGUGGAAUUUUGCAGGCACCUUUAGAGGAACGGGGAGGAAUAAUGUCACUCACAGAGGUAUAUUGUUUGGUGAAUCGUGCUCGAGGCUUGGAGUUGCUCUCGCCGGAAGAUCUCGUAAAUGCUUGUAAGAUGUUGGAAGCACUAAAACUACCUCUAAGGCUGCGUAUAUUUGACAGUGGUGUUAUGGUGAUUGAGCUGCAGUCCCACAAUGAAGAGGAAAUGGUGACUUCUGCUUUAGAGACAGUCUCUGAAAAGGGCUCUCUUACAGCAGAAGAGUUUGCAAAGCUUGUAGGAAUGUCUGUACUUUUAGCCAAAGAAAGGCUGCUUCUAGCUGAAAAGAUGGGGCAACUUUGCAGAGAUGAUUCUGUAGAAGGCUUGCGAUUUUAUCCAAACCUAUUUAUUACACAAAGUUAAUGACACAGUUAUUCUGUCUUUCCCUCAUUCAAAUGCAUUUGCUAUAUGUAGUCUGGACAAAAGAAUAUCAAAUAAUCUACCCUUGGUCCAGUUGAUAUCAUGGUUUACCGAAACUGGGAUUAUGCAUAAAGAUUUGCAAUGGUGGAAGAGGUGGCCCUAUGUGGACAGUGGGAAAGGACCAUAAAAGCUUGUCAAAAUCAUGCUUAAGUUGAAAUACAGGGCUUAAUUUGACAGGCUACUUGAAAAAAUGAAGGAAGGAAGUGAAUUAUUCAGGAAAGGAGAAGAUGUUACUAUGCCCUACUUGCAAAGAUACACCGCAUUAUACACACUGAUUUUUACUGAUUAUAUUUUUCCAUACUCUUUUAUUUUUUACUAUGGAUUUUAUGUUUACAACUUCUAUCAGAUGUAUCAAUAGAGUCAGCAAGUAAUUACUGGUGUCAGCCUAACUCCAAAUAAUAUAGGCUGUGCUUGUUCUUUCCAGUUACUACUGAAUAAUUUCCUCAGGAAGUGCCCACAUUUUAGGAACAAAACUUCACUCUAUACAUCUGCCUAUAACCUGUCUUCAGAGGAAGGAUUAGUCUGUGUAAUGAGAAAAAAUGUAGAGAUUUGUAUAUUGCUUUGUGCUGAAUGUUAAGACAAGAAGCAUUGUGAACUCAGAUUUCCUUCCUUCCAUUCUUUGAUUCUCAGCUCCAUGAUGUUGCUAUUUUUGUCUUCUCUUUCGCAUAGCUGUAAAGAAGGGCAUUCUGCCAUCUGCCCUUUUAAAUAGUACACUGAACUGGUUUGUAACUUAUAUUAAAACAGCUGCUUAUCUGAGCAGUCAUUCUUUA